CCCAUUUCCAAUCCACACUCGAACGUGGCCGUAUUCCACUAUGUCUGGAAACGUUGGUUCCUCUACAGAGGAUGUAAAACACCAAAAAGUUCUUCUAUACUUCUUGGACCGAAUUCGAAGUUCCAAGGACAACGCUGGAAAUUCUCUUUCUAAAAUUGUUGAAACGAAUCCACUUUCGGACAAUCCAAAUGAUUUGUUUGCCAGCAAUCGGCCAACUUGCUUGAAAGCAGUUCAACUUAAAAUUGAAAGUUUCGCGUAUCGAGACUUGUCGGAAUUCGUUUUUGAUAUUGCCCAAUUGAUCGCUAAUGUCAAGUUUUUGUAUCACGGUUCUCAAAGUUAUGCGCUAGUUUGCCUUUUGGAAGAGUUUUGUAUUCUCCAGUUACAAAUGCUGCACCGGCAAGGGUUCACAGCUAUGACUCUUUGGCCUCAAGUUCAAGCAUCACCUGCUAUGAUGAGCCAAAAAAGCGCUACCUCCAACACCUAUCGACCUUCUUCUAUUCACGACCAAAGCUUGCUUUCUGCGAAUGCUCCAAACGCACCCAAUGCAUCGAAACAAGUAAAACAUGAAGAACAGCCAUCUGACUUGGACUCAGAGUUUUAUGGAGAAGAGGCAGAAGCAGAUACGGAAUUAAAGAGAAAAUUUGCCCGUGAUGAAUCUGUAGCUAGAGAAGAUGACAUCAAACAUAGAAAGUUACAACAACACCCGACAAAAUAUGCUACACCGCUGGAAGCAAAAGCAAAAGUAAUUAUGCGUCAGGUUCGAAGGUAUAGAGACGUUAAUGGAAGGCAGUUAUUUGCACCGUUUGAACGUCUACCAGAUCCGAGAAUGUUCCCUGAAUAUUACCAAGCAAUCCGCUAUCCUAUGGCUCUUGACGUUAUCCAAAAGAAACUAAACAAAAACCAAUACACAUCUCUUGAUGAGUUCGUCUCGGAUUUUAAUUUGAUGUUUAGUAAUGCAAAGUCUUUCAACGACCCUUCUAGUCAGGUAUACCGCGAUGCUGAUUUUCUGCAAAAGUAUUUGGCCGACGUGAUCCAAAUGGAGUUAGGGAGAAUGGAUGUUGAAGGUGCUGCAUACGACAUAGAUUCUCACACAUUACAAAGACACGAUAAACAAUAUCAAACAUCCAUAAAUUAUGAAGGUACUGCACUCAGCAUAGGUGACUGGAUAUUUUUAAAAAACCAAUCGGAUCCUGGUAAACCGGUUGUUGCACAGAUAUUUAAAAUUUGGAAUUCAUCUGAUCAAACUCCCUGGGUUACUGUAUGUUGGUAUUUCCGCCCUGAGCAAACCGUGCACCGUGCUGAUCGCAUUUUCUAUGAAAACGAGGUAUUCAAAACAUCUCUUUAUAGGGACCAUCCUGUUUCUGAUAUUGUUGGAAGAUGCUUUGUCAUGUACAUUACUCGCUAUGUGCGUGGAAGACCUAAGGGUAUCCGCUCAACGCCGGUAUUUGUGUGUGAGUCUCGCUACAAUGAUGAUACGAAGCAAUUUAGCAAAAUAAAAUCUUGGAAGGGAUGCAUGCCUGAAGAACUCCGGGGAUUUGAUUAUGAAAUGAUAUUGUUUGAUCAUACAAUCCCUCCAAAUAAAGUUCCUAGCCCUUUGCUUCACUUAUUUUCCGGUAAAGCCCAGGUUUCUGACGACCAAACACAGAUGGCCUUAUUUGGUAAUAAUAGCAUGAAUGAGGCUCCUGCUCAGGGUGCUAUAUUGCCGGCUUCUACAAACCUCGAAGAGAAUAUCAAUCCAAGCCGUGUUAUUUCACCAUCACCCUCCGAAUCAUUUUCUACAACACCUAAACCUUCUUAUUUAAAUCCCACUCCUUCCGCAAUGCCAACUUAUGCCAGAAAGACUAGUUCCCACUCUGAUCGGUCACAAUCCCAUCUUUCAAGAAUAGGUCUAUCAGGCCCCGGGAUGUAUGGUUCUGCAGGUACAUUUCCCAUGAUAAACCAAAGCAAUAUGGGCCCUUUACCAGCUCGUCCUUUUUAUGGAGGCGCACAAGACGUUACUGCCGUGCAGCAGCCUCAACAUUUAUCUAAUCUGUACGGUACCAAGAUGAAUUCUCCAUAUACAAAAAUGAACGUAGUACCUCAGGCUGCACGACCUUCUGGGUCUGUUGGUAACCUAUCGGGGCUAACAACACCUUUGGGUACUGCGUACAAUCUUCAUUCGAUGCCACCUCUUCCUUCGUAUACGGCUGCGUUCAUAAUUCCAGGAACUCAUCAAAAGGAAGAUGGAAGUGCCCCUGGUCAAGGAGUUGAUGAAAAAACAACCAUUAAUGUCGAUACAGCUCAAGUUCUCAAUAAGGACGACUCCGGUAAUAUUUUAUGGUACUCUGUUCCCCCUCAAGAUCCCGUGCCUAUACAAAAUUAUAAUUCUAUUUUAAGUCAUUCGUUAGAAUAUUUGGAAUUUAAAAGAAAAAAGAGUCAGGAUCCAUUAAAGGAAAUGCAAACUUCCAGUGAUAACGAAGAGAAGUUCAAGCAUAAUAAAUCAAUCGGUUCAGCUUUGGAAAAGUUGCAAAGUUUACAGAUGCAGCACAUUGCAAUUUUAAAAAAUGAAUUGCUUAAUAUGAAGCAAUAGAUUAGCUGAAUUUGGAUGCACAUAUCCUGUACAUUAGAUUUCUUUUCAUCAGUAUGAACAAGUUUAUGGUUAGAGACAUCGGAAACGGAAUAUUCAAUGCCAAU